CUGGAGUUCUUGGAUCAGAUAGAUCCAGCCCCCUUUGACCAGAAGACCACAGAGACAGCUAUUCGGAAUGAGAUGGCACAAGCCAAGCAGCAGUGGAAGGAACUAAAGGCUGGCUACCAGCAACGGGUAGAAGCCAUUGAAGGGUCAGUACCCCGUGUACUGGCCCAGCUGGAGAAGGGACAGCACUUGGCACAGCGACUGAAGGAGGCUCUGGCACGACUUGAGACCCAGAGACACCAGGCUGAGGAGAAGGCGAGAGAUGCCCAGGAGAGACGGCAGAAGGAGCAGAAGCAGCUGGGGGAGCGGCAGCAGCAGCUGGCACAGCAGGUGGCUGAGCUGCGGGGCCGGGUGGAAGCUCAGCACCAGGAGCUGCAGCAGCUGCAGGGGGAGCUCCAGAGCCAGGAGUGUGUGGCCAGUGACUGGAGAGAGAAGAUGGAGAGGAACUCGGCCCUCUGCCAGCUCUUGGAGACACUCCAGGGGAUCCGGAUAGUAUCAGCCUCUGGUGACAAAGUGGAGCUGGAGCUGACUCCAGUCCCCCAGUUACUGACACCUGACCCCCAGAUGCUAAGAGUCACCUUGUGCUGGGCAGAGGAUGGGUGCACCAGGGUGCAGAGCCACAACCCUCUCUUCCCGUCUCCCAUGCCCUGUGCUGACAUCCAGGGCACCAUCCUGGAGAUACAGCACAGCUAUGGCAAGCUGGCCCAGCUCCUGGCUGAGAUCCAGGUCCUCCAGACCAGGUUCCCCAUUGACUGGCAUCCCCAGGAACGCCUGCUCCGCUUCCUGUGGCCCUCAGCCAUCUGGACACUGGUGGUGGAGCCGGAAUACCCAGCUGGUGGGAGUGUCCGGCUGCUGACGGUGCAAGGGCAGCGUGGCCCCAGCGACCCCUCAGCGUGGAAGCCCCCCCAGGAGGCACCAUCCCUGUGUGACUGGCUGGAAUACCUGAGCACGCUGGAUGUCUGAGCUCCACACUGGGCCCCCAGAACCCUUUGUGGGAGGACUGUUGCAAACCCCACACACACACUUUGUGGCAGAGGCUCUUGGCCUGCAUUUGCUCAGUGUCCCCCCAGCCUGUAUCCCCUCAUCUGCCUCUUGGGAGCAGACCCAGCUCCAUCUGCUUGUCCUGUACUCCCAUCAUGCUAGAUUGGCUUCUCCCCCUGAUUGGAGGGGGGGGAUCCCCUGAACUUGUGCCUGUGAUGUGAGCGAGGCUUGAGUUGCCCUGAAACAGUCUCUCUAGAAAUGUUUUGUGAUUGCAACUCGGAGGGGGAGCCCUAGAUUUCAGCCCCUGUGGGCUGCUUAUGGAACCUACCCAUGGGGGAUGGACACAGAACCCUCCUUUCCCCUAUGGCCUCUGUGACCCCAAUCCAGAUCAAGGGUCCGUGGCCACCUGAGGGGGGAAAAAAGCAUCUGGUCCCAUUCUUUACCCCCUUUACUGUGCGGGUGGCCUGUCCACAGGCUGUUCCCCAUUUGGCCACAAGGUGGGGUUCUUGACUUAUUGUUGUGUGCUAAUGGGGGGGGGGGAGCGCAUGAGAGCUCUUCUGGCCCUUUUCAGAUGAGGGAGGAGGUCCCAGUCCUGGUGCCCCCACCACACUCACCUCCUGAUCUGAGAAGCCCACGGGGGUGGCAGGGCCUGGGAUGGGGGAGGGCGGAAGGGACUAGAGGGGUGGGGCAGGCUGAUUUGAGAUGGGUGGGGCAAUAGGUUUGUGAGGGACACAGCGGGGAGCAAUGGUGGGGGAGGUUGGGUGGGGCAGGGGAGUUGGAGACUUAGUCUCUAUGAACUGAUGCCACUGAGCUGAAAAUGACCAGCUUCUCCACACCUGGCUGCUGGAUUCACUCUGAGUGUCCCUUUCUCUCCUCUCUUCUCCCCCCCCCCCCCCCGCCCCCCCCCCCCUGCCCUGCUUCACAAUGGGGUUUCUAUGGCCUUGAAUAUUUCCACAGUGGGUCCAGCCUCUGGUUUGCUAAAUAAGCCUGUGAGCGGGAGGGGGGAUGUUGCUGCCUGUAAAUUACAAGCAGUAAGUCUGUCAGUGGCUAAGAACUUUUGGAGGCAGCUGAGAAGGGGAGGACUGCAGACGGGGAGUGGGGCACCAGCAGAGCUGGGGUUGCAGGUCGGGAGUGGGCCUUCCUCAUCUAGUGUUUGCAGCUGUUCCCCAGAGCUGGCUGCAUCUCCGGGCCGGGUAAGCGCUCCUCCACCGUACACCAAUAAAACCUUUGCUGAUUC